CGAUCAGUUUUGGGGCCAACCUUACACCGAACAGUUCGGAAAACUAGCCGAAAAGAAAUUCAAAAUUUGUCCGUGUGAAUAACUCCGUGUUUUUCCAUCUUUUUUGCUUACCCGUUGCCAUGAAGACCCUCGAGUCCGACGACAAACCCUUCAAUCCCUUCUACAUUGGCCCGCAUCCCAGCAAGGCGUGCGCCAUUCCCGAGAUUCCCGGCCGCCAGUGCUCGCCCAACUGCCAGGAGCAGGUGCCAGCAGCUACGCCGGCGAACAGGCCACCAUCCGGAGCAGUGGCCACGGAGGCGCAGGAUGCGAACAGCGUGCCCAGCGGCACGGCGGGCGGCAUGCUGAUCGUGGGCGUGGCCAACAUAUACAGCACCGUCGAGGUCCUGGCCGCCGCCGCUCGCAUGGGCGGGGCAGCGGGCGGCACGGGGGCGGCAGCGGGCGGCGCUGGAGCGGACCAGGGUACGCCGGCGCCCAACAACACCAUAUGCAAGCCGUAUCCCUGCAUGGAGGGCGCUCGCAGCGAUAGUCCUGGCUGUGGUUAGACCUGGAGGAAGUUCACAUGGCAUCAGGCACCAACUGGCUAUUCAAAUUGGCUAAAACGCAACACCUAGUUAGCCCCAAAUACAGUAAUAAAAGCCUAGAAAAAGCAA